AUGCAUCUGCCAGCGGGAGAUGAUGUCCAUGUAUGUAAUGCGUUCGCUGUUUUCAGGUGUCGCAGGUUAAACCCCGGCGCAGACCAACAGCAACACGCUCUCCCUCUCGUGACCAAGCACAGAUGCCGGCUGCGGCCGUUAACGGGCUUCGGGCCCCUGGCAGACUUCCAGCGCUUCCAACCCCGAGACCGCCCCGUUGAAGAGCUCACUAAGGAAAUCCAUAAUAGGAAGGAGAAGGAUACGUCUAGUGUAGAAGUACAGACAGAAGACUAUGCUGUGUGGUCACAAGCAGACUAUUACUACUAUGAAAAUUAUUACAAUCACAGUGAUGCUCAGGAUUGUGCAUCUGAACUGCCAAUGCAGCACGAUCAUGGGACUGAAGGCACUGAGCGUAAUUCCACAGAGGAAUCACAGACAGGUGAUAGUAUUCCUUUAAGGAUGGAUAGCACCGAAAUUGCUGAAAGUGGAGAAGAGGAAAAUUUCAUCCAGAAUUCACAGGAAGCAGAAGAUACUUCAGUUCCAGAGGGUUCUUUGGCAGAGAGCUUGAGAGCUGCUGCAGAAGCUGCUGUUUCACAAACCGGAUUUAUUUACGAUGAAAAUACAGGAUUGUAUUAUGACCAUAGCACUGGAUUCUACUAUAAUUCGGAAAAUCAACUGUAUUAUGAUCCAGCAACUGGAAUUUAUUACUACUGUGAUGUGGAAAGCGGCCGAUACCAGUUUCAUUCACGAGUGGAUCUGCAGUCUUAUCAGACCUCUGGUACUCAGCACGGCAAGGAGAAGAAAGGGAAAAAGAAGAGAAAAGAACCAGAGCGGAUUACUGCAAAUGAGUAUAAGGAUCUGGACACAGAAGAACAGCAAUCAUCUAACAAUCUGAAUUGCUUUUCCGCUGCUGAGCAAGUAAGUUCUGCUGAAGAAGAAGAAUCUCCAAAUGUAAGAAAGAAGACUAAAAUGGAUGCAAAAACACAAAGCAGUUUGACAGCCAAAGAAUCAGUUUCUACAGACAGUAUAAAUUCACAUUCACGCAAAAGUACACCUGAUACUGCAGCAUAUACAGAUGACAGUAGAACAGCAGACACAGUGAGUGAGCCAGAAGAAGGUGAAAUUACAGAUUCUGAGUGCGAAGCCUACAGCAGUGAGGAUGAAGUAACAAGUGAAGAAACUGCUGAUUCAGAAAACUCAGAAGACGAAGAUGAAGAAAAGAUCUGGCCUCCUUGUAUCAGAGUAAUUGUAAUAAGAUCGCCAGUUCUGCAGACUGGAUCACUUUAUAUUAUCACAGCUGUGAAACCUGCUACAAUUGGAAGAGAAAAAGAUGUUGGACACACACUUCAGAUUCCUGAAGUUGGAGUCAGUAAGUUCCAUGCAGAAGUGUAUUUUGACAACGACUUGCAGAACUAUGUUCUUGUGGAUCAAGGCAGUCAGAAUGGAACAGUUGUUAAUGGCAAUCAGAUUCUCCAGCCUAAAAUAAAGUGUGAUCCCUACAUCUUGGAGCAUGGAGAUGAAGUGAGGAUUGGUGAAACUGUGCUUUCUUUUCACAUACAUCCUGGCAGUGAUACCUGUGAUGGAUGUGAACCGGGACAAGUCAGAGCACAUCUUCGCCUGGACAGGAAAAAGGAAUCUUCUGUUUGCCCAGCACUUAGCAAAGAAGAGAGAGAGUUAGUCAGAAGAAAAGCUUUAAAACAAAUACGGGUAAAAUAUGGUUUACAGAACACAGAAUAUGAAGACAACAAAGCAGUGAAGAAUCCAAAGUACAAAGACAGAGCAGGAAAACGCAGAGAGACCAUUGGAAGUGAAGGAACUUUCCAGAGAGAUGAUAGUCCUGCCUUUCUUCAAAGUGAAAUCAGCAACAACAACAAAGGACAUAAAAUGCUGGAGAAGAUGGGAUGGAAGAAAGGGGAAGGCCUGGGCAAGGAUGGUGGUGGUAUGAAGGAUCCGAUCCAGCUUCAGUUACAUAAGACGCAUGCAGGUUUGGGUACCAGCAGAUCAGCCUCAAUUGAAGAUGUUCAGAUCAUCCAGAGCAAGAAUAAAAAGAACUGGGAUAAAGCAAGAGAAAGGUUUGCUGAAAACUUCCAAGAACCUAAAUCACAAAGGGAUACUCUUAAGAUUACACCUUGGGUUAGAGGGACUGUAGACUAA